AUGGAGCGGCCGUGCCAUCACAGCUACACUCAGGCACCCAAUCUUUCACCCAGCUUAUCACAAUCUGUAUGUGCUGUCUGCUUCACAGAAGCUCGCAUUGCUGAAGUGAAAGCCGUGCAAGCUGCAUUGACUCGCCGCGGUGGCAUCUUCGGUUCCUCCAACGCGGGACCGGAUUGGUGUUCGACUGAUGGCGACGUCAAGAAGUGGAUGAACCAUAGGGAUUGGACCCGACAGUGGAGGAGGACAAGGCUCGAUUGUUGGAGACUUGUGGCGAAGUUGGAGAAGUUGCAGGAUGAAAAAUCUGACUUGGUAGAAGAGUGGGGAGUAGACGAGGCGUUGGAUCUUUGGGAACGGGCAAAAGAGGAGUGCAGCCAAGUUCCUGGUUUCCAGCAUGUGGAGGAUUCCGCUUCGACCGCGGAAGAAGAGAUGCCAAAGUCGCAUAAUACGCAGGCUGUCUCAGAGCCAGCACAGACUGAAGAAAAUCCAUCUAAAGGUGAUUGGGAAACCGUCAAACGUAGAUGGAAGAAAAGGUCUCAACCACUCAAAAGUUCGCACCAAGACGAUUUCAAACAAGAAGAUACCGGCAAGGUAACCCUAAAAGAGAUGAAAGGAGUCACCAACAGGCUGAAAGAUCUGGAAUUCGCUUUGGGGAACCGUUUCGAGGCGCACGCUAAGGACAACAAAUAUACUUCAGCAGUUCUCAUCGAACCGACGGAAAACCCGAGACGCAUCCCCAGAGGCGAGGGAACACCGGUAGAGUCUGAUUCUCUCCCAGAAACCGCGACUGGAAAACCUCGUUCAGCACUGAAGUGGAACUCGCUGUCCUCGCCUCACUUCCCCAAAUCGGUCAGCAUCGACGCACAAGCCGCAAUCUUUCCACUGAAUACCACCCCAACUACCACAACGCCGCACCAUGAGCAUACGAUGGCAGAGAAGAGCCAGACGCUUGGGCGACUGUUGAUCAGCUCCAAAAAAAAGUUUGCGGCAUCGAGAGAAGACUCGGAAGAGAAAGAUGAGGUGCUCACAGGAAAUGCCGAGAAAGCCGCUGUUGAUCAAGGGAAGGAAACUGAGAAGGGGGGAGAAGGCCAGAGCCAAUUUCGCGAUAGUUGGCGGGAUCCUCGUCUUUUUUACAUGAGAGACUGGUUCACGAAGGUACUUACUAGGGAUGGCAAUACGCCACCGCUGAGCCGUUCGCACCAGGAAGAAUUGACAUGGGAUCUCAAAGAAUGUAAUAGGGCGUUGGCGCAAGCGGAGGGGGUGAAGGAAUGGAGGGAUGCAGAGAGUGAGCGAUAA